UCGCCCCUCCUGCUCGCCCAGCCUUCCCCAGACUGGUGCGACCGCUCCGGGGUGUCGCAGGUGUCUGUGGAGCUCCGCUGGGUGUCCCCCAGGGGUGCUCUCAUCACCCAGCUCGGCUGGAUGAGGUUUUAAUGCCGCCGUGCACCUGCCACUUCCUCGCCCAAAUCUUGGGGUUCCCUGGCGGCUGCCGGGAGCCUGGAAGCUGCUGCUGGGCAGAGGUCGCUGGAAGCAGCACCAGCCCCAUGGGAGGGGACGGUGACCCGGCCCCGGCCCCUCCCUCCUGGGUGGCUUUGGCAAUUGCAGCCGUGAGUCAGGGCGAGGGUGUUAUCUUGAGGCUCCAGGGUGGCACCUGAGUGGCGUCGGUGACCUGAGCAUGGGGACAUCGUGACGCCGGCGGGAGGGCUGGGGGUGUCUGCUCAGGGUGACUGAACGUGUCCCCGUCCUGCCACCUGCCCGGGCUUGCCUGGACAUGCUGGGACUUGCCUGGCAGUGAGGUCACCCUGGUGUGUGUGCGCUCACACUGCCCGGAGAUAGGAAGUUUGGUUUCUAUUUUUACUCGGGGAUGCUGAGUCUGAGCGCAGGGUGCCCCCAGCCCCCCUGGCACUGCCCAGCUGCCCACUGGCACACCGUGCUGGUGCCGUGCCUGCUGGUAGGAUCAUCGAAUCGAUUGGGUUCGAAAAGACCUCCAAGACCCUCGAGUCAAACCACUGACCAAUCCUCACCUUGUCAGCUACACCCGAGCUCUGAGUGAAACAUCCAGUCAUUUACUGCACGUGGGGAAGACAAUGUGGCACAGGCAAUCCAGAGGGGCUGCAGGUGCUGAAUUUGGGGAGAAAUCUUCCCUGCAGGAGGCUGAGAACUCACUUCUUGGGGGAAGUUUGGGGAUGGGGAGGAUUGUUUGUGGCCUGGCUUUGGGAGUCUCAGGUUACGUGGGAAAUGGGACCUAUGAAUCUUCCUUUUUAAAGCUGAUUUAAUGAGUGUGGCUGUCCCUUAGCUCUGAAAACUCAAAUCCCAGAGCAGUGCUGACCCUUAUCAGCUGGACUCUAUGAUCUUGGAGGUGUUUUCCAACCUUAACAAUUCUGAUUCUAUGUUGAGGUUCCUCAUAAGUGUGGGUGUAGUGGGGGGUCGAUUAUCCCCACUUGUGGAUAAGGACUGCUGGGAUGGAAAGGCUUUGUCACUUACUGGGAAGGUCAAGGCUUUUGGCACCGAUUUGAAAAAAAAAACAAACAAGGUUUUUUUUCUGAUUACCCAAGAGCUCCUUCCAGAUAAGGAGGGUGGUUUACAAAGUGGUCAAGCUUGUGGCAUAUUCCUGCAGUUGCUUGAAGGUUUCCUUACCACUGGGUCUGGGUUCGUGAGAUGAAGAAACUGGCCAGAAAAACAUCCUGUUGCUUCACUUGUCUGUGUGCCAACUUGCCCUUGCCUGCAUGGAAGUGGGAAUGGGCAGUGUCUGGGCACCAGGGGAGCUUCAUCCUGGUGUGGCUCUGAGGUCUGGCACCCCAAGGGCUGUUGUGGGCAGUGCUGAGGUGCUGGAUGCUCUGACCUGGCAGGGCUUUGCCUGCAGGAGGAGGAUUAGGGAGUGUUGACAUCUGCACCUUCCCCACCCUGCUGUGUCGCACUGGGCUGGCUCUGACCUCAGCCGUGCUGAAACCUCCAGAGUCAGAGUCCAGAUGUGUGAGUCCCCUCUGGCCAGCCCAGCUUGUCCCACCUUGGCUUUGCUGUGUGUGCUCCUGUCACCCCAGCCCCUGUCACUCACUCUGCUUUCCUCCCAGCCACCACGAUGCCGCUGUCCCAGAGCAGGGCUGGGCAGACCCCCUGCAGCAGCAAGGUGUGCAGGAACCUCUUCGGCCCUGUGGACCACGAGCAGCUCCAGCACGACUUUGAGGACAAGAUAAGGCAACAGCUGGAAGAAGCUCAGCAGCGCUGGAACUUCAACUUUGAGACAGAGACUCCCUUGGAAGGGCCGUUCAAGUGGGAGAGGGUCCUGGAGGCUGAGCGGCCGCCCCAGGAGGUUCACAGCCUGGUCAGGGCUGUCGUCAGCAGUGACAGCAGGAGCUCCUUGGUCCACAGGGUCCCCCCCGGGAGGAUCUGCCCUGAGGAGUCUGAGCAGAGCUCCAAGGUGUACAAGGCUGGUUCCCUGCAAAGCUUGAAACGUGGGCAGACCACCAUCAAAGACUUCUACAGUGCCAAGCGAAGGAUCGUCCCUGCCCGGCCCCGGCCGUGACUCGCUGGGGCAGCUGUGGCUCCCCCAGGCUCUGCCUACCUGUACAAAGCAAUGUAGAGUCUUUAGUUCCCUAUUUAUGGUAGCUCUGGGGUCGUGAGGGACCUUCACUGUGUGCAAUGUAGAGGAGGAGCCCCACAGUGGGGCUGGAGGAGAACUGAGAUGGGCCUGGUGGGAUUUAGGCACUGCCCUCCCUGCAGAGAAGUGUCCUCUGUCCAGUGCUUGUGGCUCCAAACACCGUCCUCGUGCCACCCUGUUCUCCAGCCGUGGUCUGUCCCCUGCCCAGGGGCUGGCCCUGGGGGAUAUUUGUGUCCCAACCACCUGGUGGCACCAGGUAUCUUGAAGGAAAGUCACUGGUGUGGAUGGUAGAGCCCUGGGACGGCCCAGCUGCUGGCACAAGGGGGUGUCCCCGUCCCAGCAGGAUGGACCCGGCACGUGGCUGUGUGUGGGAGCAGAGCCGUGGGGAGGCUGCUCCUUCCCUGGCAGCCUGGGGGGCCCCCUGCACUCUGGCUCUGCUGGGCUCCUCUAGGAAGAAGUCCUGCUCACCAGCAGGGAUGAUGCUAAAAUAGGGAAUUGUAGCUUAUUUUCCUGGACUUUUUCUCCUUUGGGGCUGGCAGGGAGAGGACUUGGCUCUGCUCUGGGAACAAGGAGUGGCCUGGAGCAGAGGCUGCUCAGUUCCAGCACUGAAGGAUGGGUCCUGAGGGACUCAGCACUGUCAGGUGUCGGCACUUUCAUGGGGUUCAUCUCCUGCUCUGCUGGAUUUGGACUCGGGAAACUGGUGCAAGAUGGUCCCAGGAAGAAAAGGGUUGAUCUCCCACCUUGCACCACGAUGCACUUUGCUGUCAAGUUCCCAGCACUAAAUGUUUAUUUAUAUUUAAAAUAAUGCUAUUAAGUGUAUGUGGGGAAAGGGAA